ACAAGAUGUUCGCACGACCAAGUCAAUCGCCACAAGCUCCUUCCUUGCCCCGCGCCUCGCUUCUGAACUGACCAACCGUGAUACCAGAAACCCGACCUCGACAGGCACCUCCAAACCACCAUCGCCAGCCCGCCGUUGUCAGGCACAGCGCAAUGGAGAGAACACCAUUUCAAGGAAUUUUCCCUCCCCAAUCGGACCCACCUCCGUCGGUGCUCGAACACCGAAGAACGAAGCAGUCAUUCAUCAAAGAUGGCUUCAAGCUGCGCACUCUGCUCGUGAUCGGCGCCCUCUGCCAGCUCGCCCUGGUGGCUGUCCUGCCGCUCUGCAUCGCCAUGCUCCCCGCACUAGUCCUAGCCUUCCACGCCGCCUUCGAGACGCUCCUACAAUGCCUAACGCGCGGCGGCAGCAACCCGCUGAUGAAAGGCGUGGUGGUGGGGCGCACGACGGCGCAGUUCCCGUCCAUCUACACGGGAAACUUCUCGCACACGCCGUCGGAACAGCGCGUCGUCGUGUUCCACCUUGGCGUCGCCUUCAACCACCCGCUCAGCGUGGCGUGCCCGGGCGGGCGCGAGGUCGGCGGGCUCUUCGCGGCCAUGGAGGAGGAGCUGACGCGACGCGCCGGCGAGUACGGCGUGUUGGGCGUGUCGCAGUGGGUCGAGACGGCGCGCGACACGCACAACGCCAUGCUGGUUGUUGUCUACUUCCGCUCACUCGACGGCCUGCAGCGCUUCGCCCGCGGCGACGCCCACCGCGCCGGCUGGGUCUUCCUCGACGCCUUCCGCGCCGCCGGCAACCACCACAUCGCCACCUUCCACGAGACCUUCGAGGCCCAGCCCGGCCACUGGGAGACGCUCUACACCGACUCCAAGCCCGCCAUGCUCGGCAACGCGCGGUUCAAGGCCCUCGGGGCUGGGGAGGGCAAGGAAGGCGCCGGUAACUGGGUGUGGGUGCGCGGUCUCGUCAGCGCCAGCGAUGCCAGGCUCAGGAGCAUGAUGGACCGGAUGGGACGUACUAGGGCUCGCCCCGGGAUGUGAUGUUCCAUUCGUUGCCGUCGCCCAGCUUUCCUAGCCAACUUGCUUAGUCUCUUCAUUAAUAAUCAUCAAGGUUCUGGCGCUCGGAAUAUGCGCGAGACUUGGAGGAAGGCAUUGCCAGCGGCUUGCGGUGGUAACAGAGCAACCGAGGGACCCCUAAAUCGCG